GCACCUUCUGGGUCCCGCAGCUUUCCUCCCUUGGUUGGGCUCCCGGGUUGCGUUGCUCGCUUGGUUCCUGCCUUGUUGCGUUGCGUGUGUUUGCCAGUUGCUGAUUCCUGCCUCACCUGCACCAUCUCACCUCGGCUGGGCUCUCCUCUCCUCUCCAUUCUCUCUCUUCUCUCCUCUUGCAUCCUACCCUGGCACGCCGUGCCGUGCCUUGCCUUGCCUUGCCUUGCCUCGCCUCGCCUUUCUUUCCCCUUCCUUCCUCUUUCCUUUCCCUGUCCUCCUCGCCUCCUCUCUCCUGUUCCCAUCACUUCUACCCUGACCCGCCUGCCUGCCAGACUUCUCCUUGCGACGCCACCGCCCCACCGACCUAUGAGGUUACGGGGGAGAUGUGGAUGAGAGCGAAGCGGCUGGAGCAACAACUGAUGAAGAAACAACCACAACCCGAGGCUUGGUUGAUCGUCUGCUGUUGUUGUUGAAUAGUUCAUCGAUAGAUUAGACGAAACUCGCGAGUCAUCACCGCGUCGUGUCGCCUGUUAGCGAAAGAGCGAGUGUGCGAGUGAGCGAGUGCCUGUCAAUACAAAGAUUUGUCGUUGUUGCUGGCACAGGACGAAGAGGAGUCAAGGCUCAACGCUAGGCUCGGCUUGGCGGGGUCUUUGUGUUCCUCUCUUCGCCGGGCGAGAGAGCAGCCAGUGUACGAGCGAGCGGGAGCGACGGAGGGUCGUAGUAUUAUAUAGGACUUCGGAGAGAAGGCAGCGGAGGUGCGAGAAACAGGAAAGUUGUCACUAGUUCGUCAAGGGGUCGGAAAGAGGGGCAUAUCUGCAGUGGUUGCAGUAUGUCAGAAAGCCAAGCGAGUCUGUUGCUGCGUAAGCAGCUAAAAGAUCUUUCCAGGAAUCCGGUUGAUGGUUUCUCAGCAGGAUUGGUGGAUGAUUCAAAUGUGUUUGAGUGGAAUGUGACGAUCAUCGGCCCGCCGGAUACGCUCUAUGAGGGAGGCUACUUUAAUGCCAUCAUGAGUUUUCCAAACAACUACCCCAACAGUCCUCCGUCAGUAAGAUUUACCUCGGAAAUGUGGCAUCCAAAUGUUUAUCCAGACGGACGUGUGUGUAUCUCAAUUCUGCACGCGCCAGGAGACGACCCCAAUGGUUAUGAGCUUGCCAGCGAGCGAUGGUCCCCAGUGCACACCGUGGAGACUAUUUUAUUGAGUAUUAUCUCAAUGCUAUCAAGUCCGAAUGACGAAUCACCAGCUAAUAUUGACGCCGCCAAGGAGUGGCGAGAGACCAAAGAAGAAUUCAAACGGAAAGUGAGCCGGAUCGUGAGGCGCUCUCAGGAAGUAUUGUAAAUCAAAUGAAGGUCUUAUGAUUGAGUUGAACUGGGAGGUCCAGGCUAUUUUAAUAGCUGCUGUUAAUCAAUCUUAGCUAACGGGAUUGUGCAUUAUUCCCAAACAUAUUUGGGAAGUAAGAGCCAUGGUGUUCGACACACUUCCACUGUGUACCAGACACCUCCUAUUGGGCCACAUGUGUUGGCGCUGUUAAUAGGCUUACCAUAGUUAGACAGUUAAGAAUUGGAGAGUUGGGCCACAUGAGCAAGUCAUUGGUCGGCCGUAGGAAGUGUUUUGGGCUUUCUCGGUAAGCUGUUCUUUGGUUAGCAUGUGUCAGACAUGUCGGGGGUGUGAAGUACGAAGUAUGUCUCCUAAAUGCUGGUAUAGGGCACUUUCGCACAUGAAGAUCUUCCGUGCUCUCCCACCUGUCUACCAUUUUACUGUUUUGUAGGAGAGUUCUUCAGGAGUGGGGGAUGGUUGCUGGGAUUCGUGUAAGUUGGGGAUUAGGUUAAGUACCUGCGUAGUUGGCUGGGAUUUCUCUUACUGUACAAGAGAUAGUUUGACUAUGGACAUCAUUAUUGAAUGUGGCAUGUAAGACCGGACUGGGUUGGAGACGCAGGAUUGCGUCGACCUUUUUCGGUCACUCAGUACUGGUGUCUACUCGGAGUUCUCGAGAACUGCUGUCCUUAUUUGGAUUCCAUGAGUCAUGUGUGAAACUUGGAAACUUGAGCAUUAUGCGGCG